ACCACUAUCGUUAUCGGUACUUUUACCUAACAAAGUACGACCGGGAACCAGACUACCAUCUAGCUAGAUAGAUAGAUAAAAGUACACGUUCUUGUUUCUUUUCAUGAACCCAACAUUGAAAGUAAGAAUGUUUCAAAAACCCGAGGAGAGGGAACAUUUAUCACUGAUGUUAUCAGAGGUUUUAGAUGACAUUUGUAUCAAUGAAAGAAUGGUGAAGAAAAGGAGAAAAGUAUUCAUGUUGACAGAAACCAUGAGUAAUAUGGCAUGGAAGUCAAUUGGUGACAAUUUUUCUUUAUAUUGUCUAGGAAGCCAGAGUGAAGGAACAACUACUCCGGGACUACGGUCAGACAUUGACAAGGUAUAUUGUAUUAAUAAGUAUAAUAUAAUGCAAGACUUGUCAGAAUGGGAGCGUGGCAAGUUAAACUAUCUCAUGAUACAGGAUGUUAACACUUCCCCUGGAUAUUGUUUCCUACAACUGUUUCGUACACCUCUUCCUAUUACAGUUAAUCCUAAUGAAAAGCAUGUAGUUGAUAGGAGAGGAAGAAUACUACGUAAGAACACACUAGAUACCAAAAACGUCAAAGAUAUCACACGACAUGGACCAUCACUUGCAUUAGAAGGGGGACCAGGAUUCAUUGAUACAGACAGAGUGUUAGCAUAUCCCUGUAAAUCGUGGCCUAAGUCAGCAUCAGGUUGGUUAGAGAGACAGGAUAAAUGCAGAUGGCCAACACUAAGGAUGGGAACAGCCAGUAGCAGGUGUUUUGUUGUUUCGACUGGAAGUAAGGUCAGUGUAAAUCCUGAACUUGAAUGGAGAAUAUCUACAUCCCUGGCAGAAAGAUGUCUUAUGUUUGAUUCAAAUAUAACACAGUUAAGAUGCUUCCUCUUGAUGAAGAUGGUUCUUAAAUCCUGUCUAAAUCCUCGAGGGGAAAUAAACAUAUCAAGUUUCAUGUGCAAAACAGUUCUAUUACACACUAUAGAAAGCACAGAACCAAGUUUUUGGAAAGAGAGCAAUUUAACAGAAUGUUUAAGACGCUGUUUCGUGGAAUUACACAGUUGUGUACAAAAUGACCAUUUGUCACAUUUCUUUAUCCGAGAAAACAAUUUGAUGGCAGGACAAUUUACCUAUGAGACAAAACAUCAACUUCUGGGAAAUAUAAGUUAUUUUAUACAAAAUGAUGUACAAUGUUUACUCACAAUCAAUAUUGAUAAUCUUGGACUAAGACUUCAAGUUAAACUGAACUCAGUACCAGAAGGAGAAUACAGUUUGCAUUCUUCUCUGGAAAUGAGUGAGCAUCUUUCUGCCGACCUUUACCUCAACAUUGCACGUGACGUACGUUUAACUCAUAAACAAAUGUUAAAAGAUUUACAUGAUAAAGACACAAGAACAUUGAGGCAAUCUGUAGAAACACUUUUGACCUACAGAGACAGUGGCAAUAAAUUAGAAAAGAAUGCAUACAAGUUUCUCGCACCUUUUCUUUUGAGCACAUAUGGAUCUGCUCUGGCCUCAGAAGAUAUAUGUUUGAAUAAUCAAAUGUCACCUCAAGCAUUUGUAUGGCUUUCCAGUGGUUUAGAUUCAGAUGUCACAUUUGGCAGAUUGAAAUUGGCUUCAGCAUUCUACAGUGAAGGAGAUAUGGAAAGAACUGAGCUAAUCCUGAGACACACUGAAAGACAAUACAACUCUUGUCCUCUUUUUUAUAUCGGCUUUUCAAAGUUUCAAGAACCACCAACAGUGGAGUUUGAAAAAGUAUGCAAUGAGCAAGGUUUGGACUGUGUUAAACAAAUGACAGCAGAUUGUGUCAUAUUCACACAGCAGGAGGUCAAAUGUAUUCCUCAAGAGCUACAAUAUGAAUUGUUCAGAUCUAACAGGAGACAUCGUUGUUACACAGAGAAGAAAGAGAGGAUUAAGGAUGGGUGUAGUUGA